AUGGGUCAACUUCAGCAUGAGCCGGCUCUCCGGCGGCUAGAGGUUCAUUGGGACAGUGGCUUGAUCGCCGCCAGCAUCGCCGUCUCUCUCCUGGGCGCCUUUACUUCGACCCAGAUGAUGUGUCAAGCACGAACGUCCCGCUAUCUCUCCGGCGUCCUGGUCUGGACGAUAUUGGGAAGCUUGACCUUCGGCUUCUGUUCGAUCUGGUCCCUGCACUUCAUUGCCAUGUUGGCGUGCGAGCUACCUCUCUUGAUCGGGCUGAACGUGCCCCUGACAGUCCUGAGCGCUAUUCUCGCCGUCACCUUCACUUUCCUGGCUUUGGCCUCCGAUCUCAUGCGCGAAAGAUACCUUAGCCUUGUCAAGAGAAGGAGACAAUUGGCCAGACGGCACAACAAAAAGGGUGCAGCUAGAGCUCUGAAUGGCAGCACAGAUGCGCUUCUGGGGCCACGGACAUCUGAAAGUGACCAUGAGCCGUUGAUUGUGCCUGGGCAGAUGAAUGACACCGGAAAUCACGGUAUCAUAAGGUACGAGGGCGGCGCAAGUAUGACUCUUGGGCCCUUGGAAGACCAUUUUGCAGUGGGAAAACCUGCCAACGUUGCGACCACUGAAGCUCCUCCUUCUCCUCACCGACCUGCCUCGCCGCCUAUUUCAGCGUGGAGGCGGCCACUGCUUGUCCUAAAUGCCUCUUUACAGGAAGAGUCUUCUAGUAACGAUACGGAGAGUCUUCCUUGGAGCUCAGAUGAGGAAAGUCGUGCCCGAGGGUCGCCAUCACCAAGCCACUCUGACAGCAGCAGCUUGGGCUUGCCCGGUUUCAUGUCAUUCAAAGUCCCCAGGUCGACUGCGCUCAAGACGACCAAUGUUCUUGUCGGAACAGCUUACCUCCUGUACCACGGGGCGACCUUGAGACACUUUGUAAAGGGCUUCAUUUGGAGCUUAGCAAUCACAAGCAUGCAUUACGCGGGAAUACUGGCUCUGGAAAUUCCCGAAGGCCAUGUCACCCUGCAGCCAUUCAUCGUCCUUCUCUCUGCGGCCAUCAGUUGGCUGGUCUGUACCAUUGGAUGCAUCUUGAUACCUCAGAUCGAAGUCAAUCUAUCCCAACAGCUAAUAUUCUCCACGGUUGCUGCAGCAGGGGUCGCCGCCAUGCACUUUACUGGAAUGUGGGCGACGACGUUCUGGUCUCGAGCGCCCGAAACCACCAAACACGGGUAUCCUCCCAACCUGGCGGUUGCCGUGACCAGUAUAGCUAUCUUGACAUGCAUGCUCGCCAACGGUCUCCUGGCACACUCGGCUACUGUGGCUCGGAACAAGUUGGCAGAAAUUGUUCAGACCAAACGAAAACUGUGGGCAGCCAUUGCUCAGAAGGAAAACGCAGAGGCCGCUGCGGCAGCUAGGAGCGAGUUCAUAGCCAGUGCCAGCCACGAGAUUCGGACCCCUUUGCACCAGCUGCAGGGCUACAGUGACCUCAUGUCUCGUACAGAAUUGAACGAAGAAGCUCGCUUGCUCUUACUCGCGAUACAGCAGGCCACCAGAUCUCUGUCCAUGAUCACUGCUAACGUCCUUGACUGGUCACGCUUGGAAAAGGGGGAAGCGGUCUGUCGGCCAACCAGUCUCGAUCUCCGAAAAGUGUGCGAGUCGAUACUCACCAUUCUGCCGAACAAAGACGAAGAGGCGGGGACCGAGCUCAUGAUUGUGGUCGGCCCCAAUGUUCCGCAUUCUCUCUUCCUGGACGAGACCUAUCUGCAACGAAUUCUGAUGAAUUUACUCACGAAUGCAUUGAAAUUUACGCAAUCCGGCUAUGUUAUCCUCUUGGUCGAGAUCAAGGACGGUGAAUUGGUUGUCACUGUCAGGGAUUCUGGCUUCGGCAUACCUGAAUCGUUCUUGCCCCAUCUAUUCGAGCCAUUCAAACAGGCGCAGAUUCGAGGUGCUCACAGGGGCACCGGCCUCGGGUUGGCCAUCAUCCGGCAAUUGUUACAGAAAAUGGAGGGCACAAUCACAGUAGAGAGCAGAUACCAGCAAGACGAAGAAGUAGGAGCAGAAUCAUCCGGCAGCACUUUCACCGUCACAAUCCCCGUCACCGUUUCGGCCGAUUUGCCAGACAGUCUGGGGAGUCUGGGCCCAAACCGCAGUAUUGCUCUCUUUGAUUCCUGCAGCGAGCGAACGUUGGAAGGACUGCAGCUGGCGUGGAAAGCUUUCGGCUUUGAUCUGGUCCGAGCCAAACCCGAGGAUGCCAUAUCCGACUCCUGGGGAUUCGUCUGGACGGAUCUGAUGUUCCUGCGAGCCAACGAGCAGCUCCUUAGGCGACUUCUGGAGGUUCGACACCAGUUGGUCAUUGUGUCCUACGAUUCUCAAACGCUCCUGGACGAAUCCUUUGGGUCAGUCCCUCCACGCCACAUUGUCCCCAUCAGAAGGCCUUUGAUGUGGCACCGUAUGGUUGAGAAUAUGAUCACUGCCGCUCGAACUGGCAGGGCAGCGAUUGACCGUUCAGUCAGAUUCGCACCAGUCGUGGAUGUGGUGGAGAAUGGUAGCUCCAGUCCCGCCCGCGAAACGAAAACCCUGAGUGGGUCCACAGUGCUACUUGUUGAAGACAACAAGAUAAACCAGAAGCUCGGAGUAAAGAUGCUGAAGACACUCGGGUACGAUGUCGUUGUAGCAGACGAUGGCCAGGACGCGAUCGACAAGCUCGUCGCCAAUGACCGGGACAUUGCUGUAAUACUAAUGGACCAGUCGAUGCCUCGCAUGGACGGGAUCACAGCAACCAAGAAAAUUCGAGAAAUGGAGCAGUCCGGAGGCCUAUCAGGGAAGAGACGACCCAUCAUAAUGGUCACUGCCGUGGUUGGUCCUGACGCUCAAGCACUGUGCAUGUCGGCAGGGACAGACGCCUUCCUACCGAAGCCACUAGCUCUGACGAAGCUCGAUAACACACUGAAGAAGUACUUGGGGUGA